AUGGCCUCACAACCUCCGGUCGCGGGGUCCGACGCCGCCCUCCCGCUCAUCGACAUCAAACCGCUGCUCAAGAAACUCUGGCCCGUCCCGGACGCCGGCCUCGCCGUGAGCGCCGACGAGAUCGCCGAGGCCAUCUCCCACUUCUUCACCCACCAGGUCUCCGACACCCAGGCCGCCUCCCUCCUCAUCGCCCUGCACUUCACCAACCUCGACCGCCGCGCCGACGUAAUGGCCCGCUCCGCACACUACAUGCGCCGCGCCGCCGCCAAGGUCGACUUUGACGAUCUCUCUCGCGUGGUCAAGCAAAAGGCUCUCGGCGCGGGCACCUACGCCGGCGGACUGUGCGACAUCGUUGGCACGGGAGGCGACGCCCACAACACAUUCAACAUCAGCACCACCGCCUCCAUCCUCGCCUCCUCCCUCCUCUUGGUGGCCAAGCACGGCAACCGCGCCAGCACCUCGAAGUCCGGCUCCGCGGACCUCGUCAACAACAUGCAGCCCCGCCCGCCCGUCCUCAUGGCCGUCUCCCCAGAGACAAUCUCACAAGUCUACGCCGCCACAAACUACGGCUUCCUCUUCGCCCCCGUCUUCCACCCGGGCAUGCGCUACGUCGCGCCCAUCCGCAAAGAACUCCCCUGGAGGACAAUCUUCAACCUCCUCGGUCCCUUGGCGAACCCCGUCGAGGAUAUCCUCGAGGCCCGUGUCAUCGGUGUAGCGAGGAAGGAGCUGGGCCCCGUCUUCCUCGAGGCCCUCAAGAUUAGCGGUUCGAAAAAGGCCAUGAUCAUUUGCGGCGAGGAGGAGCUGGACGAAGUCAGCUGCGCGGGUCCGACGCUGGUCUGGAGACUCAGUGAGGCGGCGGACGGUGAAGUGGUAGCGGAUCACUUCAAGGUGCAGCCGAGCGAUUUCGGCUUGGGAACACACCCCCUCAACACUGUAUCCCCCGGGAAAGAGCCGGCUGAGAAUGCCGAGAUUCUGAGGAGGAUACUGGCGGGUGAGAUGGCUGACGACGACCCCAUUCUCGAAUUUGUGCUGAUGAACGCCGCGACGCUGUUUGUCACGUCGGGUAUCUGCGAGGCCGAGACGAGCAACAUGGGCCCCGGCGACGACGGCCAGGUGAUUACCGAAAGGGGCCCUGGCGGGGGUCGCUGGAAGGAGGGUGUGCGGAGGGCGCGCUGGGCUGUCAAGAGCGGUGAGGCCUGGAAGCAGUGGAAGGCGUUCGUCGACGUCACGAACGGCUUCAGUCAGUAG